AUGGCAGCCUCACAUUGACUUGUCCAGCUUGCCCAAGCUUUUUUUACAAUAUCAUAUAUAGAGGUUUCCUCUAUAUAGCGCUGAAAGCGCAGACAUUUUUCCAGGGAGCUUUCCAAGUUCGUCGGACCAAAUCGCUUUUUGGUCCGACCAAGGCAUUGAUUUGGUGCAACCAACCGAUAAAUUCCGAUCAGAAUUUAUCGGCCUUACAGCGCCAAACAUAGGAAACUUCUAUAUCCAAUGGAACCAAUUAUAUCUCAGAAUCUGCAUUGUAGCUGCUCAAACCUGCAUAUUUUUAUUUGGUCUUAUUGUUUUACCAUAUUCAGUUGACACAAUGGUAUGGUCUGGCUCCCAAAUACUCAUCACCCUUAUACAUAUCUUCCUAAUUUUUUUCAAAAUGCAUAAAGUUCGUUUUGAGCAACAUUACGACCAGCUUUACACGAACGUAUUUAAAGACGUUAUGAAUAGAUGGGAAUUUAAAUUAUUAAAAGAUAAUUGCAUUACCAGAGAACGGGCAAGGGUGGACGGGACACAGAUAAUUAAAGCUGGGAAUCCUUUUGAUGAUUUAAUUAUAGUCGCUGAUUUAGAAGCAUCAAAUUCUCAUUUGGAAUUAUUAAGAGUUACCAAUUCAGAAGGGGAAGAAGAAGUUUUAGUCGAAAGAAUGGGCAAUUGGAGCUGGGUAGGUGUAGUGGAGUAUGUAACAAUGUAUGAAAGUGGGUUAAAGAGAAAAGUCACAUUCAGAGAAGAUGGAAAUGGAUUAGAUUAUGGAGUUACUUUAAAUACUAAAAAAGCUGGAAGAGGAGCAGUUUAUUAUAGAGUCAAUGUGAAGGUAUAUUUUAUAUAGAAUUUGCUAAAACUAUAUCAAAACAAAACUCAUGGACUUUCUAUUAAAAAUGCAAUUUUAGCAAGAAUGCUUGGUGCUGUCAGCCAUACGGUGGUUCAAACUCAAUUUUCCUAUGCUAAGCUUAUGAAAAAAAUUGUAAGAGGAGCUAGACAUCAUACAAAACGAGAAAAUUCUACCGAAAAUGCCAUCCAGCUUGAAAUAAUUGAAACAAAUCGUCCAUUGAACUCCCAAGGAAGUGAAUCUUCCUCUAGUGAUCAUGUGAGUGACCCUGCUAUUAGUUCAGAAGAAUCCAUCGAUAAUUUAAGAUAA